UCUGCUCUCCACUCUGAUUGCACUACAUAGCAUACAGUCUUCUCUUACAACUCAUUAGUUAGUCUUUUUGCCAUUCAUUCCACCUUCGAUGACCAUUUGCUAGAGCUUCCCUUCCCUUCUCCUCUUCUCUUCUCUUCUUUGUAUGGGGACUCCAGUGAACAUAAUUGUCGGAUCCCAUGUAUGGGCUGAGGAUCCUGAUGCAGCAUGGAUUGACGGAGUAGUCACUUCCAUCAGUAGUGGAGAUGCCACCAUCGUCACCUCUGAUGGCAGAACUAUCAUUGCAGACAUUUUGGGCAUACAUCCAAAGGAGACUGAAGCCCCACCGUCAGGGGUGGAUGAUAUGACCAAGUUGGCAUACCUGCAUGAGCCAGGAGUCCUGUACAAUCUUGCAUGCCGAUUUUCCCUCAAAGAGAUUUACACUUACACCGGGAAUAUCCUGAUAGCAGUGAAUCCUUUCCAGAGGCUGCCUCACCUGUACGACGUCCACAUGAAGGAGCAGUACAAAGGAGCAGCCUUCGGGGAGCUUAGCCCCCACCUUUUUGCUGUUGCCGAUACAUCAUACAGGGCAAUGAUACAUGAAGAGCGCAGCCAGUCCAUCUUGGUAAGUGGGGAGAGUGGAGCUGGUAAAACAGAAACAACGAAAAUGCUCAUGAGAUACCUUGCAUUUAUGGGUGGAAGGUCUAAUGCUGAAGGAGGAACCGUGGAACAACAGGUUUUGGAGUCCAAUCCUGUCCUGGAAGCAUUUGGGAAUGCUAAAACUGUAAAGAACAACAACUCAAGUCGAUUCGGCAAAUUUGUGGAGAUCCAGUUUGAUAAGCAUGGGAAGAUCUCCGGUGCUGCAAUUCGUACAUAUCUUCUUGAAAGAUCUCGGGUUUGCCAAGUUUCUAACCCGGAGAGAAACUACCAUUGCUUUUACAUGCUCUGUGCAGCACCACCCAAGGAUUUAGUAAAAUUCAAGUUGGGGGAUCCUCGAACCUUCCACUACCUAUACCAGUCAAACUGUUAUGAGGUAGCAAAUGUUGAUGAUGCGAGAGAAGACCUGGAAACAAGAAAUGCUAUGGACAUAGUUGGUAUCAACCAGGAUGAGCAGGAUGCGAUAUUCCGUGUAGUGGCUGCUAUCCUACACCUAGGAAAUGUGAACUUCGUCAAGGGAAACGAAGUAGAUUCCUCCAAACUGAAAGAUGAGAAAUCCCUCCAUCAUCUUCGGACAGCGGCAGGGUUACUAAUGUGUGAUGAGAAGGCUCUGGAGGAUUCUCUCUGCAAACGUGUGAUAGUGACACCUGACGGAAACAUCACAAAACCACUCGAUCCGGACUUGGCUACCCUCAGUCGCGAUGCAUUGUCCAAGACAGUUUACUCCCGUCUAUUUGACUGGAUUGUGGAGAAGAUUAACAUUUCAAUCGGCCAAGAUCCUGAUGCAGCAAGUUUAAUUGGAGUACUUGAUAUCUACGGAUUCGAAAGCUUCAAAGUCAACAGUUUUGAACAGCUAUGCAUCAACCUAACGAAUGAAAAACUGCAGCAGCAUUUUAAUCAGCAUGUUUUCAAAAUGGAACAAGAAGAGUACACGAGGGAGGAAAUAGAUUGGAGCUACGUGGAAUUUGUUGACAACCAGGAUGUGCUGGAUCUUAUAGAGAAGAAACCCAAAGGCAUAAUUGCUCUCCUCGAUGAAGCCUGCAUGUUUCCAAAAUCGACACAUGAGACAUUUGCGCAGAAGAUGUAUCAGACAUACAAAGGACACAAGCGUUACAGCAAGCCUAAACUUGCCCGAACAGCCUUCACAAUAAAUCACUAUGCCGGAGAUGUCACAUACCAAGCAGAUCAAUUUCUUGAUAAGAACAAGGAUUACGUUGUAGCAGAACAUCAAGCUUUACUAAAUGCUUCCAAGUGUGCAUUUGUCGCAAAUUUGUUUCCUCCAUUGUCUGAGGAGACAUCAAAGCAGUCCAAAUUCUCUUCCAUUGGUACUCGCUUUAAGCAACAACUUCAAGCCCUGAUGGACACUCUGAACACAACAGAACCGCAUUAUAUCAGAGGUGUAAAACCCAACACUGUUCGGAAGCCAGGAAUCUUUGAGAAUUUUAACGUAUUAAAUCAGUUGAGAUGUGGGGGUGUGUUAGAAGCCAUCAGGAUAAGCCGUGCAGGUUAUCCAACUAAAAGAGCGUUUGAUGAGUUCCUCGUCCGUUUUGGAAUGCUUGCCCCUGAUGCUUUUGACGGACUGGAUGAGAAAUCUGCAUGUAUAACCAUCUGCGACAGGAUGGGCCUAAAGGCUUACCAGAUUGGGAAGACAAAGGUGUUUCUCAGAGCCGGACAGAUGGCUGAAUUAGAUGCACGAAGAACCGAAGUUUUGGCAAAUGCCGCGAGAUUUAUCCAGAGACAGAUUAGGACACAUUUGACCAGAAAAGAGUUCAUAUCUUUGCGAAGGGCCACCAUCCAUUUCCAGAAACUCUGGCGGGCACAACUUGCACGGAAACUGUUUGAAAAUAUGAGACAGAAUGCGGCCUCAAUCCGAAUACAAAAGUAUGGACGUGGUCGAAUUGCCAGAAAAUUUUACACGGGUUUACAAGGUUCGGCUAUUAUCAUUCAGAGUGGCUUACGAGCAAUGGCAGCAUGGCAAGAGUAUGGUUUCCAACGAAGAAGCAAGGCUGCUACAGUUGUGCAGACUGAAUGGCGAAGAUUCAAGGCACUCUCUACUUAUCGACGGCAGAAGCAAGCAACUCUUACUUUUCAGUGUCUAUGGAGGAUGAAGUCUUCAAGAAAAGAGCUGAAGAAGCUGAGGAUGGCUGCGAGAGAAACAGGUGCACUUAAGGAAGCUAAGGAUAAGCUGGAGAAGUGGGUAGAAGAGUUGAAGUGGCGGUUGGAAUUUGAAAAGCAUCUGAGGAUUGACUUGGAAGAAGCUAAGAAACAAGAAGUUGGGAGGUUACAAAAUGCACUGGAGGAUAUGCGAGCACAGCUAGAUAAAGCGCAAGAGGCAAUAGCCAGAGAAAGAGAAGCGGCAAAGUUGGCUAUUGAACAAGCUCCUCCAGUCAUCAAGGAGAUACCUGUGGUGGACGAGACCAAAUUGGAGCUGCUAAGAUGCUGCAACAAGGAACUGGAGGGUGACUUGAAUAGCCUGAGAAAGAAAGUUGAGGAGUUUGAAGAGAAGUAAUCCCAGGUUGAAAAGGAGAACAAUGCAAGGGCUAAAGAUGCAGAGGAAGCACAGCAGAGAGCAAUACAGCUUCAAGAGACUAUUGAAAGGUUAGAAUCAAAUCUAUCCAGCAUUGAAGCAGAGAACCAAGUUCUACGGCAGCAAGUAUUGGAUGUACCAACGAAUAAGGACCUGUCAGACGAACUGAAUAUUCUCAAGGCUAAGAUUUCCAGCUUGGAGGCCGAGAAUAAGCUAGUUCGGAAACAGGCAACAGCUGUGAAACAUAUAGCUAUUUCCUUCAUAGGCCUAACUCUUGAGUUGUUAUUUCAGGAAUCAGGACCAUUAGUCAUCAAUCUCUCGAGACAACGAUCUCUAACAGACAGACAACAGGAAAACUAUGAUGCCUUGAUCAAGUAUGUAAUGGAAGAGAAGCAAUUUGACAAAGAGAGACCUGUUGCUGCCUUUAUUUUGUUUAAAUCACUCGUGCAAUUCGAUCAUCUUUUGAGGUAUGCUCCAUCAACUGAUACUGGUCAAGAGAACAUCAGUGAACUAUCAUAUUGGCUAUCAACAACUUUAACCCUUCUCUUUCUAGUUAAAAACACAAUAAAGGCAAGUAAUACGCCGAAUAUAGCUUCACAACGCCAAAUAUUUCCUUUGGCAUUAUUUACAGGAAUACCACAGGUAAGUUUAAGCUCUUCUCUGGGAACUUCUGGUUUGGGAAUUUCAAGCAGUUACAGCGGAAUGGCUGAGGUACCACCUGGGCAGUCAAAAAUAGAAGCAAAGUACCCAGCACUGCUAUUUAAACAACAUCUCACUGCAUGUGUCGAGAAGUUAUAUGGGAUGAUCCGAGAUUGUUUGAAGAAAGAGAUUGGUCAGUUCUUGAACUUGUGCAUACAGGGUACGAGAUCUGUGAGGGUUAAAUCAUUAAGAGGGCUAUCAAGCCGUAUACAUUCAAGUGCCAUUGCAAAACAUCAAACUUCAAACAUGUGCUGGCAAAGCAUCGUGAAAAGACUGGAUUACUACUUGCUGAUACUCUCCAACGCACUUGUACCAUCAGCGAUCAACAUGAAAAUAUAUGCUCAAGUUUUCUCAUUCAUCAAUGUUCAGCUCUUCAAUAGCUUGCUGCUUCGCCGGGAAUGCUGCUCAUUCAGCAAUGGAGAAUAUCUGAAGUCCCGGUUGGAACAAUUAACCCAAUGGUGUCACAGAGCCACGGAUAAGUUCACAGGGGUGUUAAUGUGUGAGCUUCAACACAUUAGGCAGGCUGUCGGAUUCCUGGUUUCCCAUCAGAAAUCUAAUUUAUCUUUGGACGAAAUUAUCAGUGAAAUCUGCCCGAUGUUGAGCAUUUCUCAGAUAUAUCGGAUUGAUACAAUGUUUUGGGAUGACAAAUAUGGAACACAGGGACUGUCAUUAGAUGUGAUUGGCAGGAUGAGAACAAUGAUGGCUGAAGACUCGGUGAAUACAACCAAUUUCUUCUUGCUCGAUUUCAACUCAAGCGUGCCUUUCUCUAUGGAAGAGAUUUUCCGGUCUUUUACAGGCAUUGACCUGCCCAAUGUGGAUGCGCCAGCUCUCCUUCGUCAAACAUCAGAUUUCCAUUUUCUUCUGCAACCAACAGAGACAUUUCAUAGAAGAUAGCAUGAGUUAUUCACAUAUGUAGGAAAAUGUUCUUUGAUUGAUUUUGCUGUGUUUAUUUAUUUAUCCGUUCUAUGUAUGCACAAUGUGGAUGAAUUGUAAUUUCCUGAAACUGAUAUUGUAUGAAAUCCAUUUUUGUAUUUCUUAUGGAACCAAGUUUAACA